AUGGGUGUCAUCGAUCUUACAUGUGUAGGAAAUGCUGCAAUAGCGGGGUUCGAUUACAAAUAUUUGCAAUCCACUCCUUUGGAAUAUACUCUUGCUAUAUCAACAUAUUACUUGGGUUACUUGAUUUUCGAAAUCCCUUCAACCUUGGUAUCAAAGAUUUUAGGGCUACAGGUUUGGUUGCCAAUCAUGAUGAUAUGCUGGGCAGCUGUAUCUAUGAGUCAAGCUUGGUGUACAAACGCGAUUCAAUUAGGCAUCUCAGAAUUAACCUUAAGAUAUUCCAUUUUUAUGGCUUUAGUCUCCAUGGGUGGUGCUUUUAGUGGAUUUGUUUCAUAUUUCAUAGUCCAAAUACAAGGAUCAUUAAAAGGUUUCCAAUGGUUAAUUAUAAUUGAAAAUCUCCCAGCUAUUCUUUUGGCCAUAAUUGUUGCCUUAUUUUUGACUCGUGGUCCUGAAAAUGCUCGUUUCUUCACUCCUGAUGAACGUGAAUUAGCUGUUGAACGUCUUAAAUCUGAGGGUGGUCCUGCUAAAGUUGAUCGUAACACCGCCAAAGCUCAAAUAAAACUUGCCUUAACUGAUAUUCAAACUUAUAUUUACCAAAUAUUAUUUUUAAUUAUUUCAAUCCCAUUCUUUUCUCUCAGUUUUUACCUUCCAACCUUAAUCUUUCAGCUUGGGUUUACUGAUUUACAAGCUCAAUUGAUGGUCAUACCACCAUUUCUUACUUCAACCGUGUUUAUGAUCAUUAAUUCCCGGUUUGCUGAUAAGUACAAGACAAGAAGUUGUAAUAUAUUAAUUGGAAAUUUUGUUAGCAUUAUUGGAUUGGUUGGAUUAUUAGCAACGCGCGCCAAUGAUCCUAGUUUAUAUAACUUAAGAUAUUUUUUUACAAUACUUUUGGCAUGUGGGGCAUACUCUGUUGUUCCAAUAAUUUUCAGUUGGUGCACGUGUAAUAUUGUCGGUCAAUAUAAGCGAAGUAUAAUGAUCGCAAUGGUAUUAGCUUUAGCUAAUAUUGCAGGAAUUAUCGGGACCCUAAUAUUUCCAAUUAGUGAUGCUCCCUCAUUCAUUAUGGGAAAUUCAAUAUGCUUAGCAUCAAUGAUCAUUGCGUCUAUUAUAACUAUUGGACUAAAAUUUUAUCUGGAAUCAAUAAAUAAGAAUCGUGAUUUGGCUAUAAUAGCUGAUCAUAAUUAUAAAUUAAAUGAUAUUGAUUUGAAGGAUAAUAAAAGGAUUAGAGAAAUUGCUAUGAAAUUGGUGGAAAACGAACCGAUUUUUGAUGAAGUGUUGUGUGAUAGGCAUCCAAAUUGGAGAUAUAUUAUCUAA